UAUCUAAUCUGUAUUCUGUGGAUUAUUUGAAAGCUCAUUGAAAAUAUUUUUUUGUAGUAAAUAUUAAUUGUAAAUUUUUAUUAACAUGCUUUAUUUCAAGUAAUUAACCACUAAUUAAUCAAUAAUCAUUAAUCUAAGCACUGCGCUCUAGUGAGUUAACUAUUUACGUUAUGCCGAGUUAUGUUGGUCUGAAUUUGUUGUGACUGGAACAUUGAAAAUGGAGGCCUCCAAUAACACCGACGCCGUUAAUCUUGGCGUUGGAGAAGUGGAGGCAGAGAUUGGCGAAGAGUUGAAACAGUUGGAGGAAGUAAAAGACUAUGACACUCGCAGUGAAGUGUCUAGUUCUACUUCGAGCGGAUCAAGCAGUCCUAGUAUUAGCUCGGUGAGCAGCACUCCUAAAUCUAAGGAGAGGCGUGCUAAUAGAAAGCGCACCAAAUCUGAGAGUGAUUCCCCUGUACAAAGUAAAAGACGCUGUGUGCCCGGUACUAGCUCUAAAAUCAAAACCUAUGAUUAUAUGACGAAACUAAAUUACCUAUUUAGAAACACAAGAUUCUUUUUAAUCAAAUCGAAUAAUGCCGAAAACAUAACAUUAUCAAAAGCAAAAGGCGUUUGGUCUACCCUACCACAAAAUGAAGCAAAUCUAAACCAAGCGUACAGAGAAUCAAGGAAUGUUUUGUUGAUUUUCUCCGUAAAAGAAAGUGGUAAAUUUGCAGGCUUUGCAAGACUUGCAAGUGAGUCUCGCAGAGAUGUACCACCUAUAUCGUGGGUGCUGCCACCUGGCCUCUCUGCAAAAGUCCUAGACGGGGUUUUUAAAGUGGAUUGGAUUUGUAGAAAGGAAUUGUCUUUCAGUAGUACGCUCCACCUUUACAAUCCUUGGAAUGAAGGUAAACCCGUGAAAAUUGGCAGAGAUGGCCAAGAAAUUGAACCUAAAGUUGCUGAAGAGUUGUGCAGACUAUUUCCAGAAGACGAGGGAAUAGAAAUGACACCCAUACUUAGAAAAUCAAAGGAAUCUUCAAAAAAAUCAUAUUUGAAAAGCGGUGGGAGUUACAGAACAUAUAGAGCACCUCUCUCAACUAGAGGAUCUGGUUUCAGGAACCGCAUGAAUUCUUCAACAAGGCCAAGAAGGAAGCCUUUUACAUCUACUAGAAGCCGGCUGGGCUCCACUUCUUACAAAAGAAGGUCACCAUCGCCAUACAUGAGAGAUCGCUUGCCUUCUUGGUUCACACGACCUCGCGAGAGCUACAAUAAUACAGGAUCUGCAGCAGCAGAAGCUUAUGUAGCAGAAUACAUGCGCUCAAUGCACCAUCAGCUGCCCCCACUCCCUUAUGUGCCGCCACCAGGGUUCAGUGGGGCUCUGGCCACCUACGACGGGCUGCCUCCGCCACCGCCGCCGCCGCCCCCGCGCUACUACGACUUGGCAGAUUACCCUCGUUCAGUGCUCGUGUACGACAAACGGUCGUACGAACGUUCGGUGGAUGAGUUCUUGUGGCGUACUUCGGAGCGUUCCCGUGCUCGCAGUCGCGAUCGUGAAUCCCAUCGGUCCUAUCGCGAUCGCCGUUGAAAGUGGAUCUACCACUGAUGUAUUCAUUACUUAUAUUAUGAUUACUAAUAAAAUAUUGUGUUCGAACUUUGAACUUUAUUAAAAUCGUUAAUUUCAUAAGUGUUGUGAUAAACAUUUUGUUAUAUGAACUAUGUAGUAAAUAAUUUGGACAAUUAUUAGAUUAUCUUUACUGAGAUAGUAAUAGACAUUAUAGAAUGUUUGUUGAAGUGAUCUAGGGUUACAGUGAGACGGGGAAACCAAAACUAUUGAAAGACUGAUCAAAACAGUAUAUUGAAUAGGAAUCAUUUACAUUCAAUAACCUUUAAACCAUUCUAAAAAAACAUGAAUUUAUCUAAAAGACUGACUAAAAGAAGAAAAUAUUAACACUAUUUAUUCCAUUAUUCAUUACAGGGGCUGUGUAUAUUUUCUGUGAUAUAUUUAUAUUAAAUUUAUGAAAAAGAAUUAAUUAUAUUUA